GAUGACAGCAAUGAAAAAAGUAGCAAACUUAGGAAAAUCUCUUUCAGAUGUUGGCACAAUUGUUGGAAAGCCUAUGUCCGAAAUUCCUGGACCAAGAAGCCUUCCAUUUAUUGGCAGUUCUUACAAGUAUCUGCCAAUAUUUGGUGAAUAUAAGCUUAACGAAUGGGCAGAUGCAUCUGUAAAAAAGUAUCAAAAGUACGGACGGCUUGUUCGGGAGGAAAUUUUUCCAGGUUUAACUAUGGUUCAUGUCUUCGACCCUGACGACGUUAGAGUUGUUUCGAAAUACGAUGGAAAGUUUCCGCAUAGAUUUCCGUUCGAGGCUAUGCUGAAAUAUAGAAAAGACAACGAUCUACCAGUAGGUUUGACUAAUCUAAAUGGUGAAGCUUGGUAUGAUUUACGAAUGAAAGCCCAAACAAAAAUGAUGAGACCUAGAUCGGUUUCUGCCUAUCUUGGAGCAAUGGAAUCAGUUGCAGAAGAUAUGGUUAGUAAAAUUCGAUUUGUUAGAAAUGAGGAUGGAGAAGUAGAAGAUUGCUUGCAAGAGUUCUAUAGGUGGGCUAUGGAAUCGAUUGGAAUUGUUUGCUUUGAUACUAGAAUAGGAGUAAUUAGUGGAACUGAUUUAGAAGCUGAUGAAUUUAUUAGAAACGUUGGAAAGUUCUUUGAAUCUUUAAUUCGCUGCCAAUUGGCCUGGCCAUUUCACAAAAGACUUAAAACAAAAACAUACAGAACGGCAAUGGAAUGCAUGGAAAAGUUGUGGAGUAUAUCGAUGAAGUACGUAAAUAAUUCUCUAAUGACUUCGGCCGGUCGACAAGCUAUUGAUUCGACAAGGGCAGCGAGAGAGGAUGGCUUGUCUCUAUUAUUGUACUUGUUGACAUCUUCCGAUUUAAACAAGAACGAGGUACUUGUUUUAGUCUCUGAUUUCCUCCUGGCAGGAGUAGAUACAACUGCUCAUACUAUAGCAUUCGCGCUUUAUCUGUUAGCCAAAAAUCCUGACAAACAAGAGAAACUUUUUGCAGAAAUACAACAAUUCGCUCCAAAGGGUCAGCCAGUCCUUCCAGAAGCAAUCGAUAAAAUGACCUAUUUAAAAGCCGUCGAAAAAGAAACAGCUAGAGUUCUGCCAACGGUUGAAGGCACAAUGCGAACUUUAACAGCUGAUGUUUUGCUUUCAGGCUACCUCGUUAAAAAAGGUGCAAACGUCUUUACUCACAAUAGCGUUGCAGGGAAGUUGAAAGAAUACUUUCCCGAACCAGAAAAGUUCAUUCCCGAAAGGUGGCUAAGGAACAAUAACGAAAGUGAAAAAAUACACCCAUUCGCCGUAUUAAAUUUUGGUUAUGGGGCAAGAGCUUGUAUUGGAAGAAGAUUUGCCCAACAAGAGCUCUAUUUGGGUCUAAUAAAGAUUUUGCAAAAUUUUACUGUAGAGUAUCAUUAUGAGGAUAUGAUACAAGUUCAAAGAAUGAUUAAUAUGCCUAAAGUAACGCCCAAGUUCAAAUUUAUAGAUCGUUAA